CACUCAUUUACUCACUUUAAUAUAUAUUCUCUCAUCUUCAUCCUCUCCAAACCCUUCCACCUCCAUUAUUCAACCAAACUUUAAACCCCACUAUCUCACCAUAACUCUCAAAUUUUUAUUACCCACUACCUCACAACUAUAAAUCAUCCUUCAUUCUUCCAUAUAUCCCACUCAAAAUUUCCUUCACUCACCAAAUCCGAAAAUACAUUAUCAAAACCUAAGUUCUCAAUCCUUCAACCAUGGCACCCAAACUUUCAAGAAAUGCUAAAGGAAAGAAUAAGGUUGGUGAGACAAGUGAAGAUCCACAAGAACAACAACCAACUCUCAAAAGUCGGAGACUUACAUUCAACAUUCGGAGUCGGAAACUUCUUCCGGCAAAAUACGGUAACAUUCCGGAGGAUUGGCUACCUUAUAGUAAGGUUGAUGUGUUUGUGAGUAUGUGCCGACCAACUCAACGCGAGACGGCACGCCAACAACUUGUUACCAAAUUUAAUAUGUUCGGUUCAAGCUUAUCUGUAAGUGAUAGGAUGCUUCAUCUUAUCAUAGCUUAUGUUUUAUUUCCGAAGAAUUCUAACCAUUCCAGGAUAAACGAGUUCGAGUUGAUGGUGUUGCAUGCUCUAAGACGUGGCAUAGAGGUAAAUUGGUCUCUUUCAAUCAUGCGCCAUAUGCAACUAAUGGCUUCCCUUCAAGGAGGACUCCCAUAUGCAAGGGCAAUUUCUCGCAUUAUUCAAAAUGCCGGUGUUCUUCUUCAACGGGAACCAAAGAAGAGUAUGAAUAGACCCGAGUGUGCCAUCUCCACAACAUCCGCUCUAAAAAAUACCGGAAUUGUGAUGGGUAAUGAUGGAAGAUAUUUUUACAAGGUUGAUGUUGAGCCCGCCGCACAACAAAUGCAACAACCUCCCGAAGGAGGAUUUACCAUGGAUAUGAUGUUUCAAAAGCUUUGCUCUAUCCAAACAUCUAUUGACAACAAUAGGAGGGAUAACAACUAUGAGCAUAAUCUUAUGAAGAAACAAAUGAGGGAUAUCCAACGGACUCAAAGAAGGAUCUUGGCACAUUAUGAGGAAGAGGAAGAGGGAAGUGAUGAAGAAGAAGAAGAAGAUGAUGAAGAUGAAGAAAACAUGGAUGAAAGUGACUAAUUUCUUUGCUUUUUAAUUACUAUGUUUUUAUUUUAUUAGUCUUUUAAUUUCAUGUUUUUAGACAUUGUCUUAAUUUAUGUUUCGUGAUGUUUAGGAUUAAAUUAUGUCUUUGUUUGUAACCGUAAAAACUACGUUCCGUAUCGUUCAUUCGUGUUAUGUUGUGAUGUUUUACAUUUCAUUGUGUGAUAUUUGUGUUAUGUUUCAAUUUCAUUUCAAGAUUAUCUUUUUCCCCAUCCUUUUUGAUAAUAACAAAGGGGGAGAAGAGUAUGCAUGUUUGUGUUGUUGUUUUGUUCAAAAGAAAAAAUGCAGGCCAUUGCUAAACAUUAAAACUCAUCACCAUAAAUCAAAGGAAUCAUGGAUUUAGGGGGAGUUUCUAACAUAGGGGGAGCCUUGCAUUAUUCAACAAUUUUUUCAAAAGCACAAAACAACUCAAUCUCAAAACAUUUUCAAGACUUGGUUGUCAUCAUC